UUCUCCUUUCUUUUCUGGUUUUCACACCAAUUCUCUCUCAAUCUUCAAGAGUUCCUCUUGUCACCUGUUCCUUUCUAGUAUCUAUACAAGUGCGUGUUUGAAUCUUGGGAUCAAACAUGGAAACAAAGCCUGCCUUCAGUGCAGCUGUGGUUGAAGUUCUUAAGCAAGACAAUUAUUUGGAUUGGAGUGUUCGGGUGAAGACAUAUUUGAUGGCUCAAGAUAUUUGGGACAUUGUUGAAUCUAGGAGCAAUUCUCCUACACCAGAAAAUGAAGCUGCCUUUAAGGUUUGGAGCAAGACGAAUGACAUGGCUUUACAUGUGAUCCAGAUUUCAUGCGGGCCGGACACAUUUUCUGAUAUUAGGGAGAUUACUUCGGCCAGAAUUGCUUGGGAAACUUUGGCAGGAAAGUACAAACCUAAAGGUCCUGACCCAAGUAGCAGUAUGGCUUCAGUUCCUUUAGAAGAAGGCAAGCUUGACUCAAGUAUUAAGCCAGGAGAAAGUGACAAAAAGGGAAACAUUGAUGAUGGCGUUGAGAUUUAUAUGGACUUAUACAAAGCUUUGCAAAUUGGUAAUUGGAAUGCUGCCAAGGAGUUCCUUAAUCGCCAUCCGUGUGCAAUAAGUGCAAAAAUCACAGUUAGGGACCAGACCGCACUUCAUGUUGCUGCUAAAGCUGGACAUGUGCAUAUAGUGGAGGAGUUGGUAAAGCAAAUGUCUGGAGAAAAUUUGGAAAUAAAAGAUAUUUAUGGUCUCACAGCUCUAGCUCAGGCAACUUAUUUUGGAAACUACCGUAUAGCAGAAUGCAUGCUUGGAAAGAAUGAGAACUUGAUCAGUAUUGGAGAUGACGAUGGAAAUAUUCCAGUUGUUCUGGCUCUUUACAACGGGCAUUUAAAAUUGGGUUGUUAUCUCUAUCGGCGCACUCCGCUAGAAAUUCUAAUGCCAGAAAAUGGCACCAUGGGGGCUUCAGUUGUUUGCGAGGCAAUAUAUAACGAAGCUUUGGAUAUUGCUCUGGAUUUAGUCAAGCGUUGUCCACGUUUGGUUUUUGCUCAAGGCGUAACUGGUGACUCCCCUUUUUAUGCACUGGCUUGUAUGUCCGAUUAUUUCCCAAGUGGAAAUCGGCUCGUAUUUUGGAAACGAUGGAUCUAUUCCGGUUAG